AUGAGAAAGACUGGACAUUGUCAUUCAAAUGAGUGUCUAGUUGCCGUCAUCCUAAGGAGGCGGGACUUGAGGUUGCUGCAGCAGAUGACUGGUUCUAGCCCUCAAACAUCCCGAAUGUCGAUGCGGCCGAUGUCGUCCAUCUCCUCUUUUACAGUGCGGAUCAUUUCGGUCACUCUGAUUGUGACCACGAUCUCAGUGGUCGCCUGCAAGCCUGUCGGCGAAUCACCUUCUGCUGGCGAGCCGUUAUCCGUUUCUGAUGGCUAUAUCCACUAUUCUGUCGCCAACGAUUCGCGAUUGCGCGAAAUAUCGCGAAAGGCCUUCGAGUCCUUAAUCAGCGAGCCUAUCGGGAAGCAAAGCUACUCGUCACAAGAAAUCAUAUUUCGUCCACAUUCUCAGAUGAGUGAGAAGUCCGAUCGAAUGCUGAAAAAGCAUCGGAAACCAGGGCGACGGAAACCAUUGCUUGAUGGUCGCAACCAAGCACUAAUCACUGUCAAAGACACCAGAGAAAUGCAGAAGUGCGAAGGUGCGAAGUUCAAACAGCGAGUGAAAGCUCCAGGCUGCCUCACGAAGGUGAUUGUUAACAGAUUCUGCCACGGUACAUGCCCCUCAUACUUCAUUCCUCGGAUGAACAGUAAAAUGCUGAAAGCGAAGUUCAAAUCAUGUGCCGCAUGCGCUCCAAGGGACUACGAUGCUGUUGACGUCACUCUCGACUGUCCAGGGCAAGAUCCGCCACAAAUCACCAAGACUAUUAUAAAAAUCAAAAAAUGUGAAUGCAUCGAUUUGGAUCUUUCGACGAAUUUCCGAUUAUAG